AUGGACUGCCCCAUCCCCGUGAUCGAUGGUCGCCUCAUCUGUUUCAUCGCACGACCGCGUCGCCAAGUCAAGCUGGACGUCGCCGGCCCUGAACCAGGCGUGAACUAUCUCGACUGGAUUCAACAGCAGCUCGCGAAGUCUGAGAGUACUUGCAUCGUCACCCAGCAGGUCGCUGUCAAGCCCGUGAAGCAGGAGAUCACCGCCGGUGCCUGGUUGCAACACCCGCGCACCAUCCCUUCUGAGCACCCGCCCAUCAGCCCGAGAUCUUUUGCCAUAUACCGCAAUCUGCCUGGUCUGGAGCCCGGUGACCAAUCCGCGAAAACCACGUUUGAGGACUUCCCUCAAAUGCAGCAAUGCAUCAACGGAGAGCUGCCUGAUUACAUCACGAGACGCUUCACCUCUCUGGACGCAUCGCAAAAGCAAGCCAUCGAGGGUCUCGCAAAAAUUGACAACGCUUUCGCUGUGAUUGCUGACUGUUUUCGCUCGGGCAAGACUUCAACUGCUGCAGCAAUCAGUGCAAUCUGUCAUCACGGCAACACCAUAAACAGGACACUUUGGACUUUGGCAAUAGUAUUCUCCGUGCACAACACGCGCCCCUUGCCAGCCUUGACCUCCUUGGGGACGGAGUACACUUGGAGAGGCUUCUCAAUGUCAGCCUCAGGGGUGCUACACUGUAGAGCAUACUGA